GACUGCUGCAAGAUGGCGGACAAAGAAUGACUUCUCGUGCGUGGUGUGGUGUGUUUUACAGCAUUCCUUUAUAAAUAAUCUGAACAUUAGACUUUUAAAACUCGGAAAUAGAGCUGUAGGUGUCCGUGAAAUAUGAACCUUUUUUUGAGAACACAUCGUUUCUUCUCUUCUGCUUCUGUUCGAAGGUGUUCUGUCUCUACGAAGCUCGAGGCAGCACGGAAAGUGGAGGUGAUCGAUGGGAAGCGUAUCGCGAAUGAGAUCGAAACGGAAAUUCGCUCUGCCAUCAACAGCGACCUCGUCCACGGGGGCAGGAGACCGCACCUUUGCGCAGUUCUCGUCGGUGACGAUGAAGGAAGCGCCGUUUACGUCAAAAACAAGAUCAAAGCAUCAGAAAGGACAGGGAUAACAAGCGAAAACAUUCACCUGCCAUCAUCAACAACGCAGACUGAUCUUCUGUCUCUGAUCAAGAAACUGAACGAGAGCAAGUUCGUGGAUGGCAUCCUCGUCCAGCUCCCACUGCCUCGGCACAUCGAGGAGAGCGUCAUCUGCAAUUCGGUGCUUCCCAGCAAAGACGUGGAUGGAUUCCACGCCCUGCAGAUGGGGCGCCUCUGCCUCAACAUGGACUCUCUGGCCCCAUGCACCCCACUCGCUAUAGUGGAGAUCCUCCGAAGAACAGGUGUGAACACGACAGGGAAGCACAUCGUCGUCUGCGGACGAUCUACCAUUGUGGGGCUGCCUAUCUCAAUCAUGCUGGGCUCUGCGAGGUCAUACGGAAAUGCAACCGUUUCAUGCUGCCACAGCCACACAUCUCCAUCUGACUUGAGAGCACUCGUUGGUAUGGCGGACAUCGUCGUCACGGCAACCGGUGUUCCCGGGCUAAUCACGGCCGAUAUGGUGAAGCAUGGAGUCUGUGUCAUCGAUGUCGGAAUCACGCGGGUUCACGACAGUGUUACCGGCAAGACAAAGCUCGUUGGAGAUGUCGACUUUGAAGGGGUGUCGAGGAAGGCCAGUUUCAUCACACCCGUUCCCGGUGGAGUUGGACCAGUCACCGUUGCCAUGCUAAUGAGGAACACCUACCUUGCUUACACUAGAGAAAUAAAUUAUUGACUUUA